GGCGCCCGUAGCCGCCCCGGAAGCGUUGCCAUGGCGGCGCGGCCGUUGGUGGUGGCGCGCGGCCCCGCCAUGGCGCUGGCGCCGCCGGGCCGGGCCCUGGAGUGGCGGCGGGCGCGGCAGCGCGAGCUGGCGGCGCGGAGCCGCCUGCAGUGGGAGCGGGCCAGCCGCUACUUCGCCCGCGCCGGGCUGUGCAGCGCCAAGCAGGCCCAGUGGAGCUCGCCGCGCGCCCUCCCGCUGAGCGCGGCGGCGGCGCGGCGGGAGGCGGCGGAGGCUGCGGCGCAGCUGGAGCAGCGGCGGGCGCGGCUGCGGCGGCUGCUGGCCGAGGAGCGGGAGGCGCUGGCGGCCGAGCUGCGGGAGCUGCGGCGCGGCCGGGGCCGGGCGCCGGGGCCCGCCGGCAUGCGGCAGCGCAGCGAGGAGCUGCGGGCGGCCCGGGAGCAGCGGCGGCGGCAGGUAGCUGAGGAGCUGCUGUACGAGCACUGGAGGAGGAACAAUGCUGAGCUCCGGGAGAUUGAGUCAGAGCUGCACAAGAAGCACGUGAUAGACGCUUGGGGCGAUCAGCUAAUGCAGAAGAAGCAGCAAGAAGCAACUGAACAAGAAGAGAAAAAACGAUAUGAAAAUGAAUAUGAAAUUGCGCGGAGGGAAGCACUGGAAAGAAUGAGACAAGAGGAAGAAAAGCGUCGGCUGGAAGAGAAGAAGCAAGCAGAGGCAUUACUUCAACAAAUAGAAGAACUGAAAUUACAGGAGACGGAGGCAACAAAACUGAAAAAAGAACAAGAGAAUUUAAUAAAGCAGAAGUGGGAGCUGGAGAACUUAGAAGAAGAAAGGAAACAAAUGGAAGAGCACCGGAAGAAGACAGAGCUUGGUCGCUUUUUGAGGCAUCAGUGUAAUGCUCAAUUAAAGAGACGUGCCCAGCAGAUACAAGAGGAGCUGGAGACAGACAGGCAAAUUUUAUUAGCCCUCCUGGAGAAAGAAGAUGAGGAUCAGCGCCUCCAAUCUGCAAGACGAGAACGGGCUAUUGCAGAUGCUGCCUGGAUGAAACGUGUCAUCGAGGAACAACUCCAGUUAGAAAAGGAGAGAGAAGCAGAGCUACAGACUAUUUUUAGAGAAGAAGCUAAAAAAGUAUGGGAAAAGAGGGAAGAAGAAUGGGAAAGAGAAAAGAAGGCCAGAGAUCGUCUGAUGAGUGAGGUCCUUGCAGGCAGACAGCGGCAGAUCCAAGAAAAGAUGGAGUUAAACAGAAGGGCCCAAGAAGAGUCUGUAAAGUAUCGAGAGCAACUGAUUAAAGAGCUUGAGGAGGCCAAAGAACUGACUAGGCGAGAGAGAGAGCAAGAAGAGGAAUUAAAGUCAGCUCGCAAACAGGAGUUGGAAGCUCAGCUGACAGAACGCCACUUACAAGAACAAGAAGAGCAGCAGCGCCAGAGAGAGGAAGAAGAAGAAGAGAGAUUAAUAAAGCAGCACUGUGAGGAGUUAGUGCAGCAAGAGGCCAAGCGCAUGGCUGAGCAAGGAUAUCGCAACAGGCUCUACAGUCAUCCAAAAGCAGCAUGGACCUGAAGAUUCCUCUCCUUUAUACUUCAGGAAUGAGCAAUGAAUGAAUCUGCAUACUACAAAAAGAAAAUUCUGAGGAAUCAAGAAACUCCUUAUAUAAUGAUGGUUUUGGAAUCACCCACAAUGACUCUAAGACUACAUGGAGUAGAAAUAAGAUAUCUGAAAUUAUUUAGCUGUGGCCUAGCUGAACAGCAGAUCACAGUUCUGCUGGCUCCAGUGAACUGAGAGGUGUGAGCAUGCAUUUAGGACUCCACCCUGAACUGCUUCAGUUACUUUCUGUUCAGGAGUUGUGAUGUUUUAUUUUAGUACAUGCUACAGUGAAUCAAAACAUUCAACAGGAAGAACAGCAAAGGAAAUAAAACUUGCAGUUGGUUGUAAAAAUAUGAAAGAAUGCCCACCUGCUGCAGAGCAGUGACUCUAAGCCACUAUGGGUUGCGUGUUGUAUUUAAAGUCAAACUCCUACCUCUGAAAAGCAGUAUGUACCCUAGAAGCCCAGCUAUUGCUUCAUAACAUAUAUUGCAAAUCAGUGAGAUAGAUAAUGCAUGCUGUAGCGCUACUUCUUAAUAUGUCAGUUCAGUUCCACUUCAGAAUGUGUUGAGGACUUCAGUAAAGGAUUUUUUUCUUGUUUUUACAAAUAAUGAGUAAUUGCAAGCUGAACAACUGUUAGUUUCCUUAUAUAAGCAAACUGCUGCAGCCACAGGAGCGUGCGAGUCUUAGCGAUAAUGCACUUCACUCCUUGAUGUCAUUGUGGGCAAUGGCAGCUUAAGCUCAGGCCAAGCACUUCCCUGGUAAAGCAGACUCAAAUCUGUGCAAGUCACGUUGCCAUAGGAGUGUUAGACGUUCGUGCUAUUUUAGCACUGUAGCCUUUACUCAACUAAUGGAACUUUUUCAGUAUCUUUUCUUCACAAAACAAGCAGUCAAAUAACCCAGAAUAAUUUUACACGACGAAAUGAUUUUAGCAUUUUAUAGUAAUACAGUAAACAAAAGAUUGUCAGAAGGUACAGCCAGAAUGACACUGAUAAAUACAAGUUUGUGAAAAGGCA